CACAGUCGAUAUCGAAAUACUCUACUAUUUUCAUUUCUCUCUCUCUUGUCACACAGUAUUAUCUUUUUUCUGUAGACUCAGUAAAAUCACUCCAAAGAAAAGGAAAAGUCUUGCCCUGUUUUUGCUCCCAGCUCACAAUCUCUGAGUUUGGGUUUUGUUCUUUGAUUAAUGGAUACCAUUUAGAGUAUCAGAACCCGAAUUUGGGAAAAAGGGUUAAAGGAGGAGGAGAAAAAGGAGCAGUCUUGGGUACUGUGUCUGAUACAUAGUUGUUGCUGAAGGAACAAUCAUGGCCGUGGAUGAGAAUGGCUCCUUGAAUCGGACGGACGAUAGUGCUGUAAAGAAUGAUUCCGCUGCCGUCGAUCAGAACGGUGCGCCACGGUCAACGAUACCCAGUGAUCAGAAUAUUCAAAAGAUGUCUGUUGAUCAUCAACCCCAGAAAACGAGUGUGCAGCAUAAGCCUCAAAUGGGUGUUUUUCAGCAGCAGAAACAAAGCAUUAACGGCAAUGGAGUGAUGGGUCAGCAUGAUUUUCAGACUCAGCAUCAGAAAAUGAACGGUGUUGAUUUGAGAAGAAAUGGAGGGGUUGUUGAUGAGGAUGAAGAUGGAGAAGGGUUUAAGAAGGAGAUGAGGGAUUUGGAGGAAAUGCUUUCCAAAUUGAACCCCAUGGCUGAAGAGUUUGUGCCUCCCUCACUCUCCACCAACCACGGAGUUGUGCCAAUUUCUCCUGGUGGAGAACAAUUUGGAAUUGAUGCUUUCAAUUUUGUAAUGCAAGCUGGACUCAACGAUGGAAAUUUCAACAGAAGGCAGAAGAGAAAUGGCUAUGGUCUUGGUAGGAGACGGACGAAUGUCCGGACAAGCAUGGCCCAACGUGAAGAUGUUAUAAGGAGGACAGUUUAUGUGUCUGAAAUUGAUCAACAGGUGACUGAAGAGCAACUUGCUACACUCUUUCUUACUUGUGGGCAGGUGGUUGACUGUCGCAUAUGUGGAGACCCCAAUUCUGUACUCCGUUUCGCCUUUAUUGAAUUUACUGAUGAAGAAGGUGCAAGGACCGCUCUGAGUCUUGCCGGAACUAUGCUAGGGUUUUACCCUGUGAGAGUGCUUCCUUCUAAAACUGCAAUUGCACCAGUUAAUCCAACAUUUCUUCCAAGGUCUGAAGAUGAAAGGGAGAUGUGUGCAAGAACUAUAUACUGUACAAACAUUGACAAAAAGGUUACUCAAGCAGAUGUCAAGCUCUUUUUUGAAUACUUUUGUGGAGAGGUUAAGCGCCUGAGGUUACUUGGUGACUAUCAUCAUACUACUCGUAUAGGUUUUGUCGAGUUUGUUAUGGCUGAGAGUGCCAUUGCUGCACUGAACUGCAGUGGUGCAAUCCUGGGAUCUCUUCCUAUAAGGGUGAGCCCAUCAAAGACUCCUGUUCGACCACGUGCUCCUUCUCGCUCGCCUGUGCAGUGAAAUAUCACUCUGCAUUCGUCAUCUGAUCUUAAAUCUAAAUAUAUACGUAGAUACAGAUACCAUCGAGUACCUCGUGGCAUUUGUCUUUUAGUUUAUUUGCAUUACUCAAGCCACAGGAUACUUGUUCUUAAGCUUGCACUGUUGGCUGGUUUAUGAGUUGUUAUGUUGAUGUAGUUUAAGUUUGGUAUAUUUAUGCUCCUCUAGGCAAUGCCUCGAGUACCAUUACUGACUGAUGUUCUAACUGUUACAUUGAUCCAAUGAGUUCCUUAAUAUUCGGCUAUCACAUUGGUUUGUGUUCUUGUG